GGAGGAAUCCUCUGAGCAGCCACGUAGGCAUUCUCUUCUCUCUGGAGGAAAAGGCCCAGCAGCUGUCGGAGGAAAAGGCUCACCAGCUGUCAGAGCGAAGGGACAUGUCGCAGCUAAGUAAGAAUUUGGGUGAUUCGAGUCCCCCGGCGGAGGCCCCCAAGCCUCCGGUCUAUAGCCGCCCUACGGUUCUGAUGCGGGCCCCGCCCGCUUCCUCCCGGGCUCCGCCAGUCCCUUGGGAUCCACCUCCGAUUGAUUUGCAGGCUUCACUGGCCGCUUGGCAGGCACCUCAGCCUGCCUGGGAGGCCCCGCAGGGCCAGCCGCCUGCCCCAGUGGCUCCGAUGGCCCAACCUCCAUCCCUAGGGGCUCCGAUGGUCCAGGCUCCCCCUCUGGGAGGCCCGAUGGGGAAGCCUCCGACUCCCGGAGUCCUGAUGGUGCAUCCUCCCCCUCCGGGAGCCCCGAUGGCCCAGCCUCCGACUCCGGGAGUCCUGAUGGUGCAUCCUUCGGCUCCCGGGGCCCCCAUGGCCCAUCCUCCUCCUCCUGGGACCCCGAUGGCCCACCCUCCUCCUCCCGGGACCCCGAUGGCCCAUCCUCCCCCUCCCGGGACUCCGAUGGUGCAUCCUCCCCCUCCUGCGACCCCGAUGGCGCAUCCUCCCCCUCCCGGGACCCCGAUGGCGCAUCCUCCCCCUCCGGGGACCCCGAUGGCGCAUCCUCCGCCUCCGGGGACCCCGAUGGCGCAUCCUCCCCCUCCGGGGACACCGAUGGCCCAGCCUCCAGCUCCGGGAGUCCUGAUGGUCCAGCCGCCUGCUCCGGGAGUCCUGAUGGUCCAGCCGCCUGCUCCAGGAGCCCCGAUGGCCCAGCCUCCGCCUCCAGCAGCCUUGAUGGCCCAGCCUCCACCUCCAGUAGCCCCGAUGGCCAAGCCUCCUGCUCCGGGAGUCCUGAUGGUCCAUUCUGCAGGGUCGAGAGCUCAGAUCGCCCAGCCUCCAGCUACAGGAGCCCCGAUGGUGCAGCCGCCGGCCCCACCUGCUCAGCCUAUGGCUUCUUGGGCCCCACAGGCUCAGCCUCUGAUCCUGCAGAUCCAGUCACAGGUUAUAAGGGCUCCUCCACCGGUUCCCCAGGGCCCGCAGGCCCCGCCGGCGCCGCUGGCCACACCCCCGGGCUGGCAGGCCACCUCGCCGGGGUGGCAGGCCCCACCUCAAGGCUGGCAGGCCACGUCCCUGGGCUGGCAGGCCACGCAGGUCACCUGGCAGGCUCCGACCAUUGCCUGGCCGGCGCCUCCACCUGUGCGCCAGGGGCCACCACCCAUCCGCCCGGGCCCGCCACCCAUUCGCCCGGGCCCCCCGCCGAUACGCCAGGCCCCACCCCCAAUCCGCCAGGCGCCUCCCCUGAUCCGCCAGGCACCGCCACCCAUCCGACCUGCCCCACAGGUACUGGCCACCCCACCACCACUCUGGCAGGCUCUGCCGCCCCCACCACCACUGCGGCAGGCCCCGCAGGCUCGGCUGCCCACCCCGCAGCUGCGGGCGGCCCCACCGGUGCGAGCGCCUCCACCAAUUCGGGUGGCCCCGCCAGCACCUCAGGUGCCCACGGCGCCUCCUGCUGGCCCCCAGGCGCCCCCAGUGGCCAUGCCGGCCCCUCUCCCGGCCCCACUGCCUGCCCCCCAGGCUGCGCACUGCCCACCCAUCAUCUGGCAGGCCCCCAAAGGCCAAGCCCCGGUGCCACAUGAGAUGCCGACGUCGAUGGAGUUCCAGGAUGUGCAGCAAGGCCAGGCGCUGACCUGGCAGGCGCCAAAGGCCCCCGGGCAGUUCUGGCAGCCCCUGCCCACCCAGGAGGCCCAGAGGCAGGGCCCAUCGUUGGUUCAACUGGAGCAGCCCUUUCAGGGGGCCCCAGCCUCCCAAAAGGCCCUGCAAAUCCAGCUACCCCCCCAGCAGGCCCAGCCCUCGGGUUCGCAGGCAGAGCUGCCAUCCCUGCAACCCCAGCCCUCCUGGCAGGGCCCCCCUGCAGCCUCGCAGGGCCAGCCCGGAGCCCCCUUAGCAGGGGCAAAUUUUCCCAUGGGCUGUGAUAAAUCAUUGAUGACUCCUUCAGGAGAAUCCAGGGCCUCUUCUAUAGACCGAAGGACCUCUUCAAAGGAACGUAGGACCUCUUCGAAGGAACGCAGGGCUCCUUCGAAGGAUCGCAUGAUCUUUGCUGGCACCUUUUGUGCUCCAAGGGCAGUGCCGACUGCCCGGGCGCACCUGCCUACGCCCUGGAAGAACUUGCCUGGGGCAUCAGAGACCUUUACUGCCACCCCGAGGGUCUUUCCAGCUACCUCCCAGUUCCAGCCUGCCUCUUCGAAUGCCUUUCAGGGCCCCUCUGCCAGCUCAGAGGCCCCAAAGUCACUGCCAUUUGCUCUGCAGGAUCCCUUUGCCUGCGUCGAGGCCCUGCCGGCAGUUCCAUGGGUGCCACAGCCCAAUGUGAGUGCCUCGAAGGCGUCCAAGGCAGUGCCCACCAUCCUGCUGGCCACGGCAGCUGCCCCCAAGGCAAUGGCCACCACUCAAGAGGCCUCGAAGACCGCCGCUGAGCCUCCGCGUCGGUCAGGCAAAGCCACCCGGAAGAAGAAGCACCUGAACACGGAGGAGGAUGGCAGUGGCCAGAUGCUGGGCAUGCGCAACUGGCAGCCCCCUCGGCGCUGGGAGAGUGUGGACUUGAAUGAGUGGGGGGUCCUGGGUGGCUGGGAGGGCCCGAGCACCUCCCAUGGUCUGAGUGGCUGGGAGGGUCCUAGCACCUCCAGGAUCCUGAGUGGCUGGGAGGGGCCCAGCACAUCGUGGGCUCUGAGUGCCUGGGAGGGUCCGAGCACCUCCAGGGCCUUGGGUCUCUGGGAAAGCUCAUGCAGCCCUCAGUCCUUGGUCAUCUCUGAGCUCCCCAAUCUGGCUCAGGGAUUCGGUGCCCCCCAGGAUGACCCCACACUGGAGAGGCAGCCACUGUCUCCCUUAGAUGAGAGGGCUAAUGCACUGGUGCAGUUCCUCUUGGUCAAGGACCAAGCCAAGGUGCCCAUCAGGCGCUCAGAGAUGGUGAGAUUCGUCAUCCGUGAAUACAAGGACGAGUGCUUAGAGAUUAUCAACCGUGCCAACCACAAGCUGGAGUGUGUUUUUGGUUAUCAGCUGAAGGAGAUUGAUCCCAAAAACCACUCUUACAUUCUUGUCAACAAGAGUCACAAGGGGGGAGCGGGGCCGUCCUACCUGGACCGGCCCAAGUUAGGCCUCCUGAUGGUGGUCCUGAGCCUCAUCUUUAUGAAGGGCAAUUGUGUCCGGGCGGACCUGAUCUUUAAUUUUCUGUAUAAAUUGGGGCUGGAUGUCCGGGAGACCCACAGUCUCUUCGGAAACACAAGGAAGCUCAUCACCAAAGUGUUUGUGAGGCAGAAGUACCUGGAGUACAGGCGGGUCCCCCUCACUGAGCCCGCAGAGUAUGAGUUCCUCUGGGGCCCCCGAGCAUUCCUCGAAACCAGCAAGAUGCUUGUGCUGAAGUUUCUGGCCAGGCUCCAUAAGAAAGAUCCACAGUGCUGGCCGUUCCAGUACUUGGAGGCUGUGGCAGAGUGUGAGUCUGAAGAUGCUGAUAAGGAUGAGCCUGGCCCUGGUGAUAACGCCGAUGACCCCACCAGCAGCCCCCCUCCCAGCUAAUGUGGUUUAGCAGCUACCUUCUCUCUCAUUGUUCCUGUUCCUUUGGGUCCCCGGCCAAAGGCCACUGACAGGGUGGGGUGGGGGGGACGUUUUGUUUCUGGUGUUUAUGUUCCAGUUCUUUCUCUGUGUAAGUUUGGACUUCAACUUGCUUUCGUAUCUGCCAAAGCUUUGUACAUUUUUCACGUGGUGUUGAUUUCAAUCAGCUACUGUUCUCUUUGGUAUUUUGGCAUCUGUAUUUUUUAAGUGAGAUCUGUGAUUCUCCUGUUUUGUGUUAUAAUUGUUAUGUUUUUUGGUAUCAGAGUUGUGCUGGCUUUGUGAAAUGAAUUGAGAAGCUCUCCAUCUCAUUCUGGUACAGAUGAUGUAGCAUCGAACUAGGCUGUUCUUUGAUGUUAAAAAUGACUCAUCAGUUAAAGCUGUCUGCAGAAAAAUAAAUAUCUAUAUCUAUAUAUAUAAAUAUAAUUUCAGCAUAA